AUGCACAAUCUUUUGUGGUUAAACUUUCAAGACAAUCAUCUUGGAACAGGGGAAGCUGGUGACUUGAAUUUUCUUAGCUCAUUGCCCAAUGCCACCAAUUUGAACAUUUUGGCUCUGGGCUCCAACAACUUUGGAGGGGUGUUUCCAGAAUCAAUUGGCAAUUUGUCCACUAAUCUUGGCAGCCUUAUAUUGGAAAACAAUAAAAUAGGUGGGAGCAUCCCAACCGAGAUGGCGAAUUCGGUCAAUUUCCAGGCUUUGGACAUGACAAACAAUCAUUUCAUUGGUAAUAAAUUCAAUGGGAAAAUUCCAUUGUCUUCGAAAAAUUUGACUCCACUAGCGUAUCUUUAUUUAGGAGGAAAUAACUUGCAUGGCAACAUUCCUCCAAGUUUGGGAAAAUGCCCCCUUGUAGAUCUGGCUCUUGAUGGAAACAAUCUUAGUGGUACCAUACCCAAACAAGUUCUAACUCUCUCAACAUCAUUGAACUUGUACCUACUUGAUAACCAUUUGGUUGGGUCCAUACAACUAGAAAUUGGGAAUUUAAUAAAUCUUGAACAAUUAGAUGUUUCUAGGAACAUGUUGUCUGGAAAAAUUCCAAGCACUCUUGCUUCCAAGAGUUUUGUUGCUAAGUGUGACACCUUGGGGCGCAUCAGACAUCGAAACCUUGUCAAGGUUUUCACAGCAUGUUCAAGUGUUGACUAUAAUGGUACUGAUUUCAAAGCUCUUGUUUACGAGUUCAUGGUCAAUGGUAGCCUAGAGGAUUGGUUACAUGCAAAUGAAAAUGAAGAUGAGCCGAGUAAUGUUCUUUUGAAUGAUGAAAUGAUUGGACAUGUAGGCGAUUUUGGGUUAGCUAGAUUCCUUCCGGAAGGCACCUAUAAUUCUUUUGCAACUCAAUCAAGUUCCAUUGGCUUAAGAGGGUCUGUUGGUUAUGCUGCUCCAGAGUAUGGUAUGGGAAAUGAGGUGACGACAUUUGGUGAUGUAUACAGUUAUGGUAUCCUCUUAUUGGAAAUGUUUACGGGGAAGAGACCUACUGAUAACAUGUUUAAUGAUAGUCUGAGUCUCCAUAACUUUGCUAAGAUGGCUUUACCUGAACAAGUAGUGAGUGUUGUUGAUCCAACACUAAUUCAACAAAGAGAAAUUGGGGAGGGAAGCUCAAGCGUCAAAAACACUCAGAAUCAAAGCUCUACUGGCAGUCAUAAAAUUUAUGAGUGCUUUAUUUCAAUACUUAAUAUUGGAAUCGCAUGUUCAUAA